AUGCGAUUAUUUGCGACAGGACGCGCCCUGCGUGCCAGCAGCGGCCGCUGGUCCAUUGCAGCUACCCGUCCCAGACUCCCAAUUCCGCGCAUCUCCCCAUUCCAUGAAACCAUUCCAGCUAUCAAGAGAGACUGGAGCUCCACGACAGCUCUCCGGGAUUCCAACAAAGCUAGUGCACAAACAUCCAGUCAGACCCAGGCAACAAGAAAAUCCCAAUUAAUCGAAGGCACAACAUACCCCGCCGAUGAAUGGACCAAUACCCCCGACCAAAUCCUCUCCCAUGUUGGCCGACGCCUCUAUCUCGACGAAAACCACCCUUUAGCAAUCACCCGCAAGCUCAUCGAAAGUCAAUUCCCUGCCCCGGUAUUCGGCAAUCACUUCGAAAAAAACCCCGUCGUCACUACGAGACAAAACUUCGAUGUUCUGGGUUUCCCGCCGGAUCACCCGGGCCGCAGCCGUACGGAUACGUACUACAUUAACGACAAGACCGUUUUGCGCACACAUACAAGCGCCCACCAGCAGGCGUAUUUCCAGCAGCUUGCUCGGAAUGAGAAAACGCGACCCGAGGAGGUGGGGUAUACUGUAAUUGCGGACGUUUACCGCCGAGAUGCGAUUGAUCGUAGUCACUACCCGAUUUUCCAUCAGAUGGAGGGCGCAAUGCUUUGGAAACGACCGGAUACUGAUCCACUUGGUCAUUCUGCGGAGACUGCCGCGAAGAUCAUGGCUGAUGUGGACUUGAUUCCGCGUCAUGAUGUUGUUGUUGAGGACCCGAAUCCUACACUACACGCGCAGCGGAAUCCGCUGCAGGCGGAGCAUCACAGUGAAGAGGAGGUUGAGGCUAUUGCGGCACAUCUGAAGCGGUCUUUGGAGCGUAUGGUUAUCAAGGUCUUUACGGAGGGAAGUAAGGCUGCUGCUGCUAGCUUGGGUGGUGCCGCUCCGGAGCCUCUGAAGGUGCGCUGGGUUGAAGCAUACUUCCCCUUUACUAGCCCGUCCUGGGAGAUGGAGGUUUUCUGGCAGGGCGAGUGGCUUGAGAUUCUUGGGUGUGGUGUUAUCAAGCAGGAUCUGCUGAUCAACUCGGAUGUGCCUAAUAGAGUUGGCUGGGCGUUUGGAUUGGGCAUUGAGCGUAUCGCCAUGCUCCUCUUUAAUAUUCCUGAUAUUCGUCUCUUUUGGUCUCGGGAUGAGCGCUUCCUCUCGCAGUUCCGCGCUGGAACAAUUACUCGCUUUGAGCCCUUCUCUAAGCACCCUGCUUGCUACAAGGAUGUUGCUUUUUGGUUGCCUCCUGCCGCUGUGACUGGUGGAAGCAGUGCUGCUGGUGGGGGAGUACCUUUCCAUGAGAAUGAUGUUAUGGAAAUUGUUCGUGGUAUCGGAGGUGAUCUUGUUGAAGAUGUUUCUUGUAUUGACGAGUUUACACACCCCAAGACUGGACGGAAGAGCAUGUGCUACCGCAUUAAUUACCGCAGUUUGGAGCGGACUUUGACAAACGAGGAGGCCAAUGAGAUGAACGACAAGGUUCGGGCUAAGCUUGUUGGUGAUUUGGGUGUUGAGUUGAGAUAA